AUGAAGCCCUCAGUUCUCAUCGUCCCCGGCGCUUGGCAGCUCCCCUCUGCCUUCCAGCCCUUCGCUACCGAGCUGGCUGGUGCUGACUUCAGCGCCUCCAUUGUUGCCCUCCCCACCGUCGGCGGCACCACCACUCCCCUGGCUACCCUCUCCGAUGACGUUGCUGCCGUCCGCACCGAGCUUGACAAGCUCGUUGGUGAUGGCAAGGAGGUCGUUGUCUACUCCCACUCCUACGGCGGUGUUGUUGCCAGCAACGCCGUUGAGGGCUACGACGUCGCCAGCCGUACCGCUGCCGGUAACUCUGGUGGUGUCGUGAGCAUUGUCUACGCUUCCGCCUUCAUGCUGCCCAAGGGCGCCAGCCUGCUCGACCUUCUCGGCGGAACUCCUCUGCCUUGGAUGGUUGUCGAGGAGGACCGCGUCGUCGGCAACGCCACCAUGCUGCCCGAGGUCGGCUUCAACGACCUUCCCGCCUCCGAGCAGGAGAAGUGGGCUAAGGAGAUGACCUGGACUUCCCUGAGCGCUUUCACCACGGCCUCCAGCUACGAGCCGUGGAACAACGGCUUCGACUGCGCUUACUUGUACGCCACCCUCGACAACGCCCUGCCUUUGAGCUACCAGCAGGGCAUGUCCGCUGUUCUCCCUGCCGGCUCCAAGACCGAGAGUGAGCCCAGCGGUCACUGCGCUCACCUUAGCCGUCCCGCGAACGUCACCUCUAUCCUCAGCAGGUGGUACCCGGGCAACUAA